AUGGCGGAGAUUUCAGAUGUUCUAGCGAGACUUGAUCUAAACAUGGGGGAGGAGGAUGUCCUAGAAGCAGAGGAUGAUGCAGAUAAUGAAGAGGUAAGUGCGAAUUCUGUAUAUGGAUUUACAGGAGCUACUGUUGGUCAGCUACCAUGUUUAGAGAUUUCUUCAAGUGUUAUAAGCUAUUGUCGACAAAUGAUUGAGCAUACCAAGAAGCUCGUUGAAGAUAAAUUAACAGUGCUAGAAGGCUAUGAACACAAUGCUGAGGUUAUUUAUAGGGACACAGAUUCGGUAAUGGUACAAUUUGGUGUGUCUGAUGUAGAAGCAGCAAUGAACUUGGGGAGAGAAGCUGCUGAACACAUCAGUGGAACUUUCACAAAACCCAUCAAACUAGAGUUCGAGAAGAUUUAUUAUCCCCAUCUAUUGAUUAGCAAGAAAAGAUAUGCUGGUUUAUUUGGAUUAAUCCACAAAAGUAUGACAAAAUGGACACUAAAGGCAUUGAAACUGUUCGAAGAGACAAUUGUUUAUUGGUCAAAAAUCUUGUAAAUGAAUGUCUGCACAAAAUAUUGAUUGAUAGAGAUAUUCCUGGUGCAGUUCAGUAUGUCAAGAAUACCAUUUCAGUUCUUCUCAUGAAUCGAAUGGAUUUGUCACUUUUGGUAAUUA